GCAAUAGCCAGUAGGCUAUAUUCAGUGGCGGAUGGCCUAGUGUUCAAGAGUAUUCAGCUGAACUAUCAAAAAUUUCAAGAAAAUUUUAUCAAAACGACGUCGUUUUGAUGUGUUUUACAAAAAAUUAGAAUAUACACUGUCGUUUAGCUCUUACGCGGCAGUCCAACCUAGCCCAAAUGCCCAAUCCUGAUUUCCUGAAAAUCGGAGCUGCUACUUCUCAUCCUCCAGACCAAGAGUGAAGAACUAAAGAUCUCCGGCUCGAAGGCACUCAAGUAGAGUCCAAGCUCCAGAUUCUCCGGCGACCAGUCCGACGGCCGCCGCGAGUCCGCCGGUUCCGCCCCUGCCGCGCUCACGCUCUGGUCAGUCUGGUGCUUUGUGAGUUGCGUCAGCAGAUCCGCACACAGGACACACCCAAGCGGCCAAGCUCCAGCCUCCGGCCCUCCACUCCUACAGCCUUUAGGCUCCAGAUUCUACUGUUGUACUGCACUACUGCAGUACAAUGGCAAAUAUAAGCAAAAGAGAAUUUGAUGUUCUUGAUCUGUCUGGCCAAAAAUAUUUGGAAUGGAAAGUGGAUGCUUUAGCACAUUUAAAGGCCAACGGUCUGGAAGACACUAUUGAGGCAAAUAAGCCAUCAUCUUCCCAAGACAAAGCGAAAGCUAUCAUUUUCCUCCGUCAUCACCUCCAUGAAAGUCUCAAAUCUGAAUAUCUUUUGAUUGAUGAUCCAAAAGAAUUAUGGGACAAUUUACAAGAGAGGUAUGGCCACCAGCAAAAGGUACUUUUGCCAAAAGCUCAGUAUGACUGGAUCAAUUUAAGAUUCCAAGAUUUUAAAUCAAUCAGUGACUGUAAUUCUGCCAUGUUCCAAAUAACAUCUAAACUAAAGUUAUGCGGACAAAAAGUCACUGAUGCUGAUAUGUUGGAGAAAACCUUUUCUACAAUGCAUAUUUCUAAUAUGCUGCUACAGCAGCAAUAUAGAGAAAAGGGUUUUAAAAAGUACUCCGACUUAAUAUCAAUAUUAUUGGUAGCUGAGCAAAAUAAUGACCUUCUGAUGAAAAAUCAUAAUUUGAGACCCACUGGUUCUAGUCCUUCUGUUUAUGGUGCAUCUGGCCAUCAUUUAGCCACUGAAUCAAAUGCAACAUACAGUGGCAGUAGAAGGCAUUUUAAACGUGGGCAUUUUAAUGGUCAUAAAAACAAGUCACACCGAGAAUACAAACAGGUCGAAAGACCAAAUUUCAAGGGCAAGGGCAAACAAAAAGCCCAUCAAAUAAACCGCCCUCCAAAAUCCUCGGGAAAGUUGACUUGUUAUAAAUGUGGCAUGACGGAGCAUUGGGCUAAUAAAUGUCGCACGGCUAAACAUCUGGUGGAGUUAUUUCAAGCUUCCAUGAAUCUGAACAAAGGCAAAAAUGUGGAAGCUAAUUAUGUUAAUGACACAACUCCACCUCUGCCAAAAUUUGACGUGCCCGACUUCUUUGUGGAUGAUGCCAUUAUGGACGAUGCGUUUGCCAUAAACCAAAAUGUCACAAAAUAAAAUAUUCGACUUCUUAUGUUGUAACAUAUUAGUUUUAUGUACUUUUUCUUUCUUCCUUUUUUAUUUUGUUUUUAAAUAAAUGUGUGUAAUAAAUGUACUUUUAUGUUAAAUAAUAUGCAUAAUUUGUGAUAUCUACAUAUCAAACUUAUGUUUAUUUGUAUAUAUUGAAGAUAUGGAUCAC